CGACCGGGAUGGCGGCCGUUUUGGAGUCGCUUCUGCGAGAGGAGGUGUCGGUCGCAGCCGCCGUGCGGUGGAUCGCGCGCAGCACCCAGAGUUCGGAGGAGACCCCGGGGGAGGCGGCCGUGCUGAACUCACUCCGGCCCCUACGGAAGGAAUUCGUGCCGUUCCUGCUCAACUUCCUGAGGGAGCAGAGUAGCCGCGUCCUCCCGCAGGGCCCCCCAACCCCAGCCAAGGCUCCAGGAGCCUCAGCAGCCUUGCCAGGGAGGCCGGGGGGCCAGCCGCGGGGUGGCCGCGGGGCGCGCAGCCAGCUCUUUCCUACGACUGAGCCCCCGAGCACCGCCGCUGAGGCCCCUCUGACCCGCCGCGGGGGCAGGAGGCGGGGUCCGGGGCCUGCCCGGGAGAGAGGAGGCCGUGCCCCCGGGGUCCCAGAGGAGGGGGUCGGCGGGGAGAGCCUGUCCUGGCCCGGAGGCCGGAGGCUUAAGGGCUCUGGUAGCCCCAGUACCCCCAGCCUCACACUCUCUGAUCCACCAAACCUCAGCAACCUGGAGGAGUUCCCUCCCGUAGGCUCGGUUCCCCCCGGCCCUGCAGGCAGGACGAAGCCUUCACGCAGGAUCAACCCAACUCCGGUGAGCGAAGAGCGGUCACUCUCCAAGCCCAAGAUCUGCUUCACCUCACCCCCAAUCAGCUGUGUCCCCAGUUCCCAACCCUCAACCCUGGACACUAGCCCUUGGGGCCUUGGCCUUCCCCCAGGGUGCAGAAGUCUGCGAGAGGAGCGGGAGAUGCUCAGGAAGGAGCGCUCUAAACAGCUGCAGCAGUCACCUACCCCUGCCUCUCCCACCCCAGAAUUGGGAACUUCCCUCCCCAGCCGGACUGGAAGCCUCACUGCAGAACCUGCUGACCCUGCCAGAGUGUCUUCCCCCCAGCGCCUGGAGCUGGUAGCCCUUGUCUACUCCUCGUGCAUUGCUGAGAACCUGGUCCCAAACCUCUUCUUGGAGCUUUUCUUCGUCUUUCAGCUCCUUACUGCCCGAAGGAUGGUGGCUGCCAAGAACAGUGACCUUGAACUGAGUCAAGAUUCCCUGGAAAGCCCACUAUUCCAGAGCAUCCAUGAUUGUGUGUUCUUUGCAGUGCAGGUUUUAGAGCACCAAUUUCAGGUUCUUUCCUCCUUGGACAAAGGGACCUUAAAGCUGCUGACUGAGAAUGAACGACUACUGUGCUUCUCACCAGCUCUUCAAGGCCGACUUCGAGCUGCUUACGAGGGCAGUGUUGCCAAGGUCUCUCUGGCGAUGCCACCCUCGGCUCAAGCUGUCUCCUUUCAGCCAGAAACUGACAAUCGUGCCAACUUCUCCAGUGACCGAGCCUUUCAUACUUUUAAAAAACAGAGAGAUGUGUUCUAUGAGGUUCUUCGAGAGUGGGAAGAUCGCCACGAGGAGCCUGGCUGGGAUUUUGAGAAGGGCUUGGGCAGUAGGAUCAGAGCCAUGAUGGGUCAACUGUCUGCAGCCUGCAGCCAUAGCCACUUUGUACGGCUUUUCCAAAAACAACUUCUCCAGAUGUGUCAGAGCCCUGGUGGUGCUGGGGGCACUGUCUUGGGUGAGGCCCCAGAUGUGUUGAGUAUGCUAGGAGCUGACAAGCUGGGGCGGCUGCGGCGACUACAGGAACGACUUGUGGCUCCUCAGAGCAGUGGGGGGCCCUGUCCACCCCCCACCUUUCCUGGCUGUCAAGGCUUCUUCAGGGACUUCAUCCUAAGUGCCAGCAGCUUCCAGUUUAAUCAACAUCUUAUGGAUAGUCUGAGCUUGAAGAUACGGGAACUUAAUGGCCUUGCCCUGCCUCAACAUGAGCCUGGUGAUGAAGAUGGAGAGUCAGAUGUAGACUGGCAGGGUGAACGGAGGCAAUUUGCUGUGGUGCUUCUUAGCCUCAGACUUUUGGCUAAGUUUCUGGGCUUUGUGGCUUUCUUGCCAUACCGGGGCCCUGAACCACCCCCAACCCGUGAGCUUCAAGACUCCAUUCUGGCCCUCAGGAGCCAGGUUCCUCCUGUCCUGGAUGUUCGAGCUCUGCUGCAGCAGGGGCUGAGGGCCCGCCGGGCAGUGCUCACUGUGCCCUGGCUGGUGGAGUUCCUUUCCUUUGCUGAUCACAUUGUCCCUUUGCUGGACUAUUACCGGAGCAUCUUUACUCUCCUGCUGCAUGUACAUCGGAGCUUGGUCUUAUCUCAGGACAAUGAAGGGGAGAUGUGUUUCCUAAACAAGCUGCUCCUGCUUGCUGUCCUGGGCUGGCUCUUCCAGAUUCCCACAUUCCCUGAGGAUCUAUUCUUUCUGGAAGAGGGUCAAGUGGAUGCAUUAGAGGUGGACACAGCAGCUUCAGAGCAUGGCUUGCAUGCUGAGGAGGAAAGGAAACCUGCUCGCCUGCCCUCCCAGCCCUGGCCUCUUCUCCCCCAGGACAGUGUGCCUGUGGUGGAUCAGCAGCUGCUCUACAUCUGCUGCCCUUACAUCGGAGAGCUCCGGAAACUGCUCGCUUCAUGGGUUUCAGGCAGUAGUGGACGGAGUGGGGGCUUCGUGAGGAAAAUCACCCCCACUACCACUACUGGCCUGGGAGCCCAGGCUCCUCAGACCAGCCAGGGGCUGCAGGCACAGCUUGCCCAGGCCUUUUUCCACAACCAGCCACCUUCCCUGCGCAGGACUGUGGAGUUUGUGGCAGAGAGAAUUGGUUCAAACUGUGUCAAACACAUCAAGGCGACGCUGGUGGCAGAUCUGGUGCGCCAGGCAGAGUCACUUCUUCAGGAGCAGCGGGUGACACAGGGACAGAAAGGGGGAGAUCCAGCCCAGUUGUUGGAGAUCUUGUGUUCCCAGCUGUGUCCCCAUGGGACCCAAGCAUUGAGCCAGGGGCGGGAGUUCUGCCAAAGGAAGAGCCCUGGGGCUGUGCGGGCACUGCUUCCAGAGGAGACCCCAGCAGCUGUACUAAGCAGUGCAGAGAACAUAGCUGUGGGGCUUGCAACAGAAAAAGCCUGUGCCUGGCUGUCGGCCAACAUUACAGCACUGAUUAGGAGGGAGGUGAAAGCAGCUGUGAGUCGCACACUUCGAGCCCAGGGUCCUGAACCGGCUGCCCGGGGGGAGCGGAGGGGCUGCUCCCGCGCCUGUGAGCACCACGCUCCCCUCCCCUCCCACCUCAUCUCCGAGAUAAAAGAUGUGCUCUCUCUGGCUGCUGGGCCCCGAGACCCUGAUGAGGGUGUUUCCCCAGAGCAUCUGGAGCAGCUCCUAGGCCAGAUGGGCCAGACACUACGGUGCCGUCAGUUCCUGUGCCCACCUGCUGAGCAGCAUCUGGCAAAGUGCUCUGUGGAGUUAGCUUCCCUCCUGGUUGCAGACCAGAUCCCUGUCCUAGGGCCUCCACCACAGCACAGGCUGGAGCGAGGGCAGGCUCGAAGGCUUCUGCACAUGCUGCUUUCCCUGUGGAAAGAUGACUUCCAAGGUCCAGUUCCACUACAGCUGCUACUGAGCCCAAGAAAUGUGGGGCUUCUGGCAGAUACUCGGCCAAGGGAGUGGGACCUGCUGCUGUUCUUACUUCGGGAGCUGGUAGAGAAAGGUCUGAUGGGACGGAUGGAGAUAGAAGCCUGCCUAGGCAGCCUUCAUGAGGCCCAGUGGCCUGGGGACUUUUCUGAAGAACUAGCAACACUGUUUAACCUGUUUCUAGCUGAGCCCCACAUGCCAGAACCUCAGCGGAGAACUUGUGAACUGGUACAGCCAAAUAGGGGGACAGUGCUGGCCCAAAGCUAGGGCUGGGAAGUGGCCCUGUUUUGGGCGUCUCACCAGAACCCUGGAAUCCUGCCUGUGCCUCAGGUGGAGCCCCAAGAGCCCUCGGCAACCCUUGCUAGGGUAGGAGUAGCUGGGUCUGUGAUCAGAUUUCCUGCUCAGGUGAGAAGUAUGUGGUUACUGGGCAUCCCACAGACUGCAGGCUUGCCACCCGAAUCCUAGAGGAAGAAACAGCCACUAAUUCAGCAUGAAGGUGGAAAAGCUGAGACUCUAACCCAGGAGCUGAAGAGCUGACAUUUGCCACAUGGAUGCGAAAUGAAAUGAAGAGUGUGGGCUGGUCAAUACAGGAUUCAGACCUCACUUGCUGCUAUCUCAGAUCUCUCAAAACUUUGUGGUUCUGAGAAAUCAUGACAGAGUUGAAUGACUUCUGCCUAACUUGUUAAGUUAAAACCUGGACUGCCAUGUUAAAUAUGCACAACAGAUUAGGUAGGACUUGCCCAACUGAAACCUGGCAUCACCCUGGACUUCACCCCUGUGCAGGUAGUGACACUUCAGACUUGGUCUGUUCGGGGACAUGCACAGGGAAGCAAAAAAGAAUAAACUGUUUUAACAAAGG